GGAGGGGAUACUUUGUCUUAGAAUACAGAAAAAAGCUUCAGUCCCAUUAAGCUUUAUGCAGUAUCAAAAAUGUCAAAUUAAGUGACAGUUUUUUCGCAAGCAUGAAUAUGAAUGGUGAAAAACCUCAGACUUCUGAGGGUGGAUUUGUUAUCGAAGAAUCCAUCCUUCCAAAAGUCGGGGAAGGAAGAUUUAAGGAGGAGUACAAGAAGAGAGAGAAAUACAUCAAUGUAGCUCAAAAUGCAGAUAUCAGAGAAAUCUCAGCUCAGAAAAAUGAUUCAGCAACAGAAUCUUAUAUACAUGGGGUGAUAAAGAAGCAGGGAUGGCAUGAUUCUUUGAGUUGUGUCACAUGUAACUCAUACAUUACGAAAAGGGUCACUUCACAUGGUAGAGCUAUUUCCAGUGAACCUGAAUUCGCGCAAUUUCAUGUGAAGAGGGUGAUAAAUGAGCAGGAAAUUCAUGAUCUGUGUUGUUCUAGUUGUAACUCAUAUUUUGCCAAAAGAAUCAUUCUACAAAGAAGAGAUAUUUCUCCUUAUGAAGAGGCUAUCAUUCCACAACCAGGACAAAUUAUUGUACAAAUGCCUGAUGUUAUAGAUACACUUGAAUCUCCUACACCAGAAGUAUCGCGGUUAGACAUAAUUAAAGCUGUUGUUUAUGGUGGCCUCCUUCAAUCCAUCACCAGCUUAUGUGUGGUAGUUUCUGCAGCAGGUGGAGAUGCUUCAACAUUGAAUAUAGUAGCUUUGGCACUCGCAAACGUUCUUGGAGGACUAAUUGUUCUAGCUCAUAAUCUUAGAGGGCUGAAACAGGAGCAGAACACAGACCAUUAUGAACAACAACUUGGUAGACCAGGGCACUUUCUUCUCCAUGCAACAAUCACCAUCAUAUCCUACCUUGUAUUCGGCCUGAUGUCUCCAAUUAUCUACGGGUUUUCCUUCUACAAGAGUGAUAACAAGUACCUGAAGUUGGCAACACUUGCAGCUGUUUCACUAGUCUCCAUUACACUGCUUUCAACGGGAAAGGCGUAUGUUCAAAGGCCUCCAAAGGCGUACAUGAAAACCGUCUUCUCCUACAUUGGUCUUGGUAUUAUGGUUGCUGGACCUGGAUAUUUAGCAGGUGAUUUAGCAAACAUGCUUCUUAAGAAGCUUGCAGUGUUUGAUUCGGUGUCUUCUAGUAGUAGUAUGGCUCUGGUUGAAGGGACAUUGGUGAAGGGGGCAUGGUCAUCUUAUUUGCUCAGAGUUCGCAGCAAGAACAAGAGCAAACAAACCCAACUCUUCAACUCUGCAAGUAUGGAAAAUACUACUAUUAAUAAUAUUAUCAUUGUUACAAAUGGUGAAAACCCCAAAAUUAUUGAGGGUGCUAAUGAACAGGAGACCAACUCUGAAGAACAAGGUGUAGCACAAAUUGGAGACACCAAUGGAUUUACUGUUCAUCAAAUUGGGAUUGGUGCUUAUAAGGAAAUCGAUAUCGAAUCAGAUGCUUCUACUUUUAAGGGUCCAGAAACUUCUGUUGGCAUCCAAGUUGUAAUGGAUGAUACCUCAAAUGUUGACAAUGCCGCGUUAUCUGAGAUGCAUAAUGGUGAUAACAUAGUGAUCAAAACCCUGGUUAUAAAUGUUCAGAAUAUUCAAAAUCAAGUAGUUGUAACAGAACAGACUCAAGAAGUGGAACCAGAGAUAGUUGAAAAUGCUAUUAAGAAGCUGAUACAAAAUCAGGAAACACACGACUUGUUUUGUCGUAAUUGUAAGUCAUGUGUUACCAAAAGAGUCAUUCUCAAAAGAAGCUUGAAACAUGGAGAUGUGAUCGUGCCAAUUCCUGAUGAAACUCAUGUUGAUACUGGACCUGAUAUAAUGAAAGCCAUUGUCUAUGGUGGUCUCUGGGAAUGCAUCACUAGCCUAAGUGUCAUAAGUUCUGCAGCAGGUGUAGAUGCCACCACGUUGAAUAUUGUAGCUUUGGGACUUGCAAACGUCUUUGGAGGACUUGUUCUUCUUCUUCGUAAUCUUAGGUUACUGAAACAUGAGCAAGCAACGGCGAGUUAUGAAGAUCAACUGGGGAGGCCAGGGCACUUUCUGCUGCAUGCAGUUGUUACCGUAAUAUCCUACCUUAUAUUCGGCCUUAUAUCUCCUAUCAUCUACGGCUUUGCCUUUCGCAAGAGUGACAACAAGGACUACAAACUCGGGAUAGUUGCAGCUGCUUCGCUGGUGUGCAUCAUUUUUCUGUCUAUUGUAAAGGCAAACGUCCAAAGGCCUAAAAAGCCAUACAUACAAACUAUACUGUCUUACAUCAGUGUGGGAUUCAUGAUAUCAGGGGCUGGAUAUGUUGCUGGUUAUCUCAUAAACAUGUUACUCAAGAAGCUUGGUAUAUUUGACCCUAGGGCUCCCGUUACUAUGUAUGUGCCUGAAGCAGUAGCCAUGGAGGUGGCCUGGUCAUCUUAUUGAUCGUUGUUCAUAUUCUGAGUUUUCUUUUUUUUUAUUUCGGUGGCAGGGUGAGGGAAAUGCGAAAUGUAUUUGCUCAAGUUAUGAGGCCGAAUAUAAGGUAUGAUAUCACUGCAAUGGUGUAGAACAGGAGGUAGAAAUGAGAGAGAAAAGACAGAAUUUCAGAGAGAAGAGAGAGAGAGAGAGAGAGAAUUUCAGAAGAGGGAAAUGAAAUUAUGUAUUAAUGUUUUGAUAAGAAAUAGUACAAGCUAUGAUUCAGCUUAUUUAUACAACAAAAGCUAAACAGACAAUCAGAUUCUUAAUCCUAA